AUGGUGGGGCCCAUCAGUGCCGCCGAUGGCCGAGCUGCAUAUACCUGCCUGCUUAAGAGGAGGCCAUGCCAUAGGGAGCGGAACACUCAUCCCCCAAACAACCGUAAUAGAACCUAUUAG